AGACGAUGAGGUCAUAUAUCUAAACAAAAAUAAAUCUAACCUCCCGUGACCGUGAGUGUGUACGGUGAAUAUUCGUCACUACCUCCAUGGUUAGACUGUAUUAUUGUUUUCCUGCCUUCUUGGUCACAGUAUCUUCAUUGAUAACAACUUCGUAAAAGUCUGAAGACCGUAUUAGUUAAUUCCCGUGGAUUGUUUUACGUAAUUGUCACCCUCAUCCGCUUCCAACAAUGUCAUUCCUUUUCGGAAAAAAGAAGACACCAGCAGAAAUGCUGAAGCAAAACCAGAGGGCCUUAAAUAGAGCCAUGAGGGAGCUGGAUAGGGAACGGACGAGGAUGGAAGGCCAGGAGAAAAAGGUCAUCGCAGAUAUCAAGAAGAUGGCCAAGCAAGGACAGAUGGACGCAGUCAAGGUAAUGGCUAAAGACUUGGUCAGGACUCGAAGAUACGUCAAGAAGUUCAUCAUGAUGCGAGCCAACAUCCAGGCCGUCUCCUUGAAGAUCCAAACCCUGAGAUCCAACCAGGCCAUGACUGAUGCCAUGAAGGGGGUGACAAAGGCUAUGCAGGCCAUGAACAGACAGUUGAAGCUACCACAAAUUCAGAAGAUCAUGAUGGAAUUUGAGAAGCAGUCUGAGAUUCUGGACAUGAAGGAGGAGAUGAUGAAUGAUGCGGUUGACGAUGCUCUUGGCGAUGAGGAAGAUGAGGAAGAAACCGAUGCCGUCGUGUCUCAAGUCCUGGAUGAGCUUGGCCUUGUGCUCACUGAUGAACUCACCGCGAUUCCAGGAACGGGUGGUGCGCUGACACAGAAGGCGGAGCCAGCGAAGCAAGCCGUAGCAGAGGGAGGGGGAGAGGACGAUGACCUUCAGGCCAGAUUAGAUAAUCUCAGAAGAGAGUGAGUCUUGAUCUCCCCCCCCUCGCAUUAAACCCCAUCCUCUGUUCUCCUACGUAAGUCCUUCCCUCCCUAGCCCAAAAACCUGUGGGUAGUAAAGAUUAGUUUAUAUCUUAUGAGAUGUUGAGAGCAAAUAAAAAUUGCCAUGGUAACCAUGCACUUCUCAGAUUUUUAUCGUAACGUUUUCUUUGGUCUUAAAUUGACCUGAACUUUGAAUUACUUAACUCACAACUUCGCUAAGCCAAAAACGGGUUACCGGUUCAAAAUGCUGUGUGACGCACAUGCAUGUGCAUGUGAAACUAGUUCUCAGCUCUAAAUGUGGGGUAAAUUUGCUAUCUAUCUAGCAAAAUUUUGUCCUACAACCGUUUGGAAUUAUGCUCCAGACUUGUUCAAGCUGUAAUUGUAUAUCACAGUGCUCAUGCAGACGUCUUUUUGAGUUGUACAAUGUAGAUAAAAAUGACUUGUUUAUGCAUCGGAUGCUGUAACUUUUACACAGAUUCAUUGGCUUAAAUACUGCCCUCUUUUGAUGGCAGGUGGAUUUAGUGGCAUGCUAGUAAGAGUGUAAGCAGUUUAUUUUAAAUUAUUUUUGAAAAAGAGAAGUAAUCAUUUUCUGUCGCAGUUUCAUUUUUAACCAGAGGGGAGGCAAGCUGCCUUACAAAUUUGGUAAAAUAGAAUUAAUUUAUUGGGGAUGAUGGAAAAUGCAGUCUGAUGUCAUUAAUAAGCAAAUUGAGGGGACACACUUUGGGUCACCUUAGGGUUUUUGCUGUAGUAAUGGGACACUUGUUUUAAACAAUACAAAGCUGUAAAAUCUAUGAAUAAUUACUGUUUCCCUCGAGGAGAGACUCGCCUCAAGUUUGGAAUGUACAUUGCCUUGAACAGAACAUUGAAGGAGUCCGCAAAAGAACUCUUUAGUCAGAGCUCUUUUAUCAUUUGAAAUUGUUCACAGAAAUUGCAUCCCCUGUUCAUCUCAUUUGUUCUCUGCUUUGACUUAUUGUAAAUAUGAGACAGAUUUCAUUUAUGAAUUGAAAGCUAGAGUUGGCAUUGAGUCAGUCUUGAGUCGCCAUAAGUCACCCGAAGUCGGUCAAAAGUCAUUCAAAGUCAACUCACAAGCUGUUUCAAUGAACUUGGACAAAAGCAACCCUUUCUCAUUGCUAAUUUCUUUAGUUCUAACUUGAUUUGGGAACUGACUUGUGGACUGACAUGAUUUCAACUCUGACCAAAGCCAACGCAAUGUAACAUGCAUCAAAUGUAGCUACAUCCGAAUUUUAUCAGUUUUCAUGUCAACUUGUCAAGUAUUUUGUGAAUCAGAAAAUAAAGUAAACUUUUGUAAAUAGCAA